ACGGCGAAGGGGGAGGAAAUUAAGAUGGUGGUGGUGCACGUGAAGGCGGGAGCGGAGGAAGAGGAGGAGCCGCAGCUGCAGCUGCAGGCGGAGUUCCUGUACGAGUGUUCGUCUUCCUCCGCCGUCGACGACGUUGCCGAGUCCAUCGCCGACAUCCACCGUCUCCAGUCCAAGAUCCUCCACUCCCUCUCCCCCUUCGUCAGGACGCGUCUCCUCCCCCGCGCCUUCCCAGGUGCAGCAGAGAGCCAUCGGGACCCGGCGCUUGUUGCCCUCGAGAGAGCUGUCUCCGAGGCCGAGUCCUACGCAUCAAAGGAGCAGGUGCUGCGCAAUCGUUUCUUGUCGCCCCGUGCUCUCAGAGACCACAUUACGAGCAUCGAGAGAGCACUCGUCCUUGCUCAACAAGAGGCGCCCCCUGGGUUUGAUUUUCAAUCCCUAUCUGAACACCAGCUUCAUGAUCGCAUGCGGCUAUGGUGGGCUGGAAAAGAACUUGCAAGUGGAAAGAGGUUAUGUGAUUACAUAGGUCCAAAUGAAAAAACAAAGAUUAUCGUCAGGUUGAAGCCAGCUUCUACUGAGGCGUGAGCUUUCUUCCACCUGACUUGUAAAGAUCUUUAGAUUGUGAUGUUCCUUUUUUUCUGUAUCAUCAUCUUUCCUGAUUAGUUUGUAGUUCUUAUUAGCUCGUAACUGUUCGACAGAUGUUUUAUAUUGUAAUUGAUGGUUGUUAGUACUUGCAUUGCAGAACCUGUUUGCUGUCUUUUCUUCUUCCUAAUUCUUUCUGUCUGCUUAGCAUAGUUGUACAGGGAUUUCAAAAACCACCUUUUUUAUAUAUCUCCGCAGUUUAGUUGUUUCA